AUGAGAUGGACAAAUGUGAUGUCUGCUUUUGUUCUUAAGCGUUUCUGUCAGCUGAUUUCAACUGGGAUUAGGACUGACAAAGGGUUCAAGGAGGUGCACCUUAAUCAGGUUGCAAAGGACCUCAAGGAGUUCAGUGGGCAUGAUGUCACUGAGACUCAGGUGUAUAAUCACUUGCGCAAGUGGAGGCAGAGAUGGGUUAGGAUCAUCAAACUUAGAGAGCUUAGUGGGGCUCUAUUUGAUGAGGACAACCAUAUGAUCACCCUAGAAGAAGAACACUAUAAUGGCCAUGUUAAGGCUCACCCUAAGGAUGUUGAACUACUUAAUAAACCCAUAGAGAACUACAAGCAAAUGGAGGUCAUCUUUGGCAAUGGCCUGGCCACUGGCAAGUUUGCCAUGGGCUCCAGUGAGCCACUGGGUUCUCCUUCAGACUUUGCUGAGAGCUCAUUUAAGUCUGAUGAGAAUGUUAAGGGGGCAGAGGAUGGCAGCAAGAAGGAGGUGCCUGUUAGUGGUGGUUCUGGAAGUGGGUCUGGGAAAAAAAGGAAGAGGUCAGUGCUAACUGAUGAUGAUGUCCAUGUCUUUGGUGGUAUGACAACUGCUGUUAACAAUGUGGCUGAAGCAAUUAGGGAGACCAAGAAACAAGAUGUGCAUCCUGACCUCUAUGCUGCUGUUAUGUUUAUGCCUGGCUUCACUGAAGAAGCUUUGAUUGUUGCAUACUCACAUCUGCUGGAUCACAAGAACCAUGGCACUGCAUUUGUGCACAUGACUGACUCACAUAGAGUCCUCUGGAUGAGGACUUUCUUGGGCAAACAUUACUACACUUAG